CUAGUAUAGGCUCGCAUGGGUUUCGCCCAGUAGCAGCGCCUCUGCCUUUGUGUUAGCAAUUACGUGUGAUGUGUUCUUUGUGUACUCGUCUGCGAUGACUUCGUUUGCUGCUUUUGAUAUAAAAUUCUCAUUCCAUAUCACACAUGUUUGUCCACCUACACGUUUUUGUGAAAAUCGUACAAGAAGGGUUGCCCUCAUAUUCGGGUAACUCAAUUAUAUUGCUAUCAACACAGCACCGCUACUUGAGCAUUUGCAUGAUUCAGACCUUUUUGUUACAUGAAUUAUGGUCAAACUCUGACGGUGAAGCCAUAUUAUGGACUGUGAUGAUCCGAAAAAAAGCGCUAAGUCAUCGUUUCGGCCUGUGUUAACGACUUCGAGACGCCAUUACUUUCGACGCGCUCAGUGCGACCAGUGUGUUUCUUGAAAAAGAAAACAGUGGAAGAAAUCCGGACGCUAUGAGAGCUUGAUCUCGCUUGUUUUCUCGCUAAAGGUUCGACGUAACUGCUACGAACUUCCUAGGACGUACACUUUUUACGCAGAAUGUCCCGCGAGCAGGCCCAACCAGCUUCCAUUUCAUCAACUGCAACAGCUGGUACCCAGUCUUCGAAUAUUCUCGUGCACGUUCGACAGAGAAACAACCCAGUACUCACUUUCAUUAAAAAGGUGGCUUAUGAGUUCCGAAACGAUCUCCUGGCAGAUUUCGUUGUUGGCCAGAGUUCCUGUUGUUUAUUUCUCUCUCUUCGCUAUCAUCAGACGCAACCUCAGUACAUAGUUAAGCGCCUAGAUGAGCUUCAAAACUACUUUACAAUACGGAUUCUUUUAGUCCAAGUUGAUAUCAAGGAUCCGCCACCUGUUUUACGUGAAAUUAACCGAAUGGCGCUUCAGGCGCGUUCAACUCUGAUGAUCGGAUGGUCCCCUCAGGAUAUCGCGCAGUACCUCGAGUAUUACAAACUACUUGAACACAAGCCUGCUGACUUAAUUAAAGAAAAGAUUGCCGCGGAUCCUUACACACGCGCAGUAACUGCGCUUUCAUCGAUAAAAUCGAUUAAUAAGCCGGACGCUAUUGAACUUCUUGAAAACUUUGGCUCUUUGAAAAAAAUUGCAGAGGCUACUGUCGAAGAGCUCGCCGUAAUUCCGGGAAUUGGGGAACGGAAAGCGAAAAUGAUUUUUGAUACCUUCAGAGAACCAUUCAUGUUUGCUGCUAAGUAAAUUUUGCUGUGAUGAUUUGUUAUCAUAGAUAUGCUUAACUGUAUGUAAUAGUGUAGAUGGUGUUGAUAUAAUGUGAUAUCAAAGUCUUCUAUCAAACACAUUAGUGGACGGUAAUAAAAAGAAGACGAUCCUUUGCAGUCCACGUGUUUUGUGUUACUGGAAUUUUACUACCGCCACCACGGUUGUAUUCGUGUGUAUGUCUUGUCGCUCUCAAUAAACGGAAAUUCGUUUGAAUAAAUAAAUUAAUUUGA